GCGGGGGACGGAGGCCUGGCGAAGCGGAAGUGGGGCUGCGGUCGCAGGAGCGCCCGGUGUCUGCCGGCCUCUCGGCGAUCCCCGCGCCUCGCAGCUUGUGUCUAUGGUUCCUGCUCCGGGCUGGGUCCUCCAGCGCCCGCUAUGCCGCGAUACUGCGCCGCGUCCUGCUGCAAGAACCGGGGAGGCCAGAGCGCCAGGGACCAGCGCAAGCUGAGCUUCUACCCGUUUCCACUUCAUGAUAAAGAAAGACUUGAGAAAUGGUUGCGGAAUAUGAAGCGUGACACGUGGACUCCCAGUAAGCACCAGCUCCUGUGCAGUGACCAUUUUACCCCUGACUCCCUUGAUGUGCGAUGGGGAAUUCGAUAUUUGAAACAUACUGCAAUACCAACUAUUUUCUCUUUGCCUGAUAAUCAGGAAAAAGACUCUUCUCAGCACAAGCCACAAGAGAUAAAAACAGAGGAUGGGGAGGAAAUCAAUGUGUGUGUAGAGUCGGAUAAUGUAUCUGCAUCGUUUGAGCCUUGUUCACCAAAGAAAAGUGUCACAGUUGCAGAAAGGCUAGAUGAAAAAACUGAAGCAAUUUGCUUAUCAACCCUGAACAAACCUCUGCAACAGAAAGUGCCGUUUCAGAACACAGAAAACUUGCAAGCAGGCACCAUAAUUCUUAGUUCAUCAGAGCAGCAUAUUCAGCAAACGCCUGUUUUAAUGGCAGAAACUGUCCAGAACAUAGAAGCAAGUAAUGUUCAUACGUCAGUAGAGAAUCUUUUAAGUUGUGCAGCCACAGUUUUGCAAGUUACAGACCCUGACUACCUGGAUUCAUCUUUGAAAUUUAAAAAUGCGGGUGGACCAAUUAUUGACCAUCUAGCUGAGAAUUCUAACUCACAUAUUGCAGUCUGCUCUGUGGAAGUACAGCCAAGGGAAAAUGCAGUUUUUUUCAGUACAAUCACACGAACUAUCGAACAGUUUAAUGGAAAUGAAGAAUCUGUCAUUGCUAUCAUUGUACCUGCUGAGUGUUCUAAAGAGCCUUCAACGGUAAGUAGUUCUUUCAUGCCUAUUAAACAGGAGUUCAUAGACAUGGAAGAAAUAGAAAUUCAGAAAUCUGCAUAUAUGAACAAUUAUGGCGAAACUGAAAUAUUACAAACUGAGCAUUCAUAUUGCAGACAAGACAUAGACAGGGAUCAUCUCUGGCAAAAAAUUGCAAAGUUGCAUUCUAAGAUAACUCUCCUUGAAAAACAGGAAAGAAAAACUUUAGGUAGGCUCAAAUCCCUGGAAGUUCUUAUUGGACAACUAAAACAGGAAAACCUGCUUUCUGAAGAAAAACUCAAGAUUGUAGAAAAUUGUUUCACAACAUUUGAAGUGACUAUGAUACAAUAAAAUCUUUAAAAUGA